AUGGCUUGCAAUCCACGAAACGCGUUUCCCGGAACAGUCUACUCCAACGCCGACCGUCGCAUGGACCUCUACGGAGAGAAUGUGGAGGUUGAUUACCGAGGCUACGAAGUCACAGUGGAGAACUUCAUCCGGCUGCUGACCGAUCGGUGGGAUGAAGGCGUGCCUGCUGGAAAACGUUUAGGAACGGACGAAGGGAGCAAUAUUCUGAUUUACAUGACCGGUCAUGGGGGAAGUGAGUUCCUGAAAUUUCAAGACAGCGAAGAGAUAAGCAGCUGGGAUCUGGCAGAUGCAUUCUCUCAGAUGAGGGAGAAGAAAAGAUACAACGAGAUGCUCUUUAUGAUCGAUACUUGUCAGGCCAACACUCUCUACCGCCAAUUCUAUGCUUCAGGCAUGAUCGCUACCGGCUCGAGCGAGGAAGAUGAGAGCUCUUACUCUCAUCAUGCCGACAACGAUGUGGGUGUCGCCGUCAUCGAUAGGUGGACAUACUAUGUGCUUGAUUUCUUGGAAACACAAGUCACUGGCCCCACAAGUGAAAAGACCUUGGGUGACCUCUUCGAUUCCUACGAUAUCCGCAAGAUCCACUCUAACCCGGGAGUAAGGUGGGAUCUCUUUCCUGGGGGCGAGGCGGCAGGACGAUCGAGGCGGGUCGUUGACUUUUUUGGGAAUGUACAGAGUGUGGAAGUUCAGGGCAACAGGACUGAGACUGAGCUGUGGAGGGAAGAUAUUGCGGGACUACGUGGACUGAUCGCAGAGUACGAGAAGAGAGCGGAGCACCAGGAAAUGAAUCAAACAAAGAUGUAUACAGCAACCGCUGCUGUAGGGGCAAAGAUAUCGACAUGUGAUAACAGCCAAACCAGCCGAGUCAAAGCAAUGAACAUUCAGGAUGAAAUCGACUGGAAAAGACAAGUAGGUGGGAUCACUGUGAUUGGGGGUCUCGCAGCUAUCUGGUUCCUUGGACCUAUGUUUCUGUCCUGA